AUGAACACUCCAACCAACAUUACCCCCAACAACCCCCCGCCUACAACAGUUACCCUCCCACACAACAAUGGUCUCCAGAGCAUGGCCAUCCAUCUACACAGCACGCACAUGCACACGCCCACCCCCAAGCCCCGAUCGCAACUUCAACUUACCAUCCCAGCUACCCUGCCCAGCCCUACACCGCUCCUCAGUAUCCUCAGCAGCCUCCUUACGGCCAGCCACAGCCUUAUGGUCAAGCAUACCCCCCAGCCUCGGUCGGCUCUGCACCCCCACCACAUUGGGGUGGUCAAGGACAUGUCCCUUCUGCGCCAUACGGGGAUAGCAGACCUCGAGGAGGAUAUCAAGGUCGUGGAGGGUCAAAACACUCCCCAGGUUACUAUUACUCAGGGCCUCCACCUCCUCCUACACAAUCUUCGCACCGAGACGGACGUCACGGCCAUAACAAUAGCCAUGGGCGUCGUGGCGGUGAAGGUAAUAGAGGCCGAGGCCGAGGUCGAGGAGGGCACGGCUCUGGGGACCGAGGGCGCAGUCAUCAUAAGUCUAGCAACGAUCAUGGGGGGCCAGCGUGAGCUACCCAUUGUGGGCAGGAAGAAAAAGAGAAAGACCAACACUCUUGGACUGACGCCUGGGAUGGAGUCCGAGACUGAGGACGACGAAGGAGAAGAGGAAGCCCUCGUCAAGCUUCUCGGACAAGAAAAGUUCCAAGUGGACGACAUUGCCGAAUUUAUUGCUGAGCGAAAGCGAAAUUACCCCACCAAAGCUCGCAGAGAGGCCAGGAAGGCCGCCGAGGCUGCACAGAAGAACGAAGAAAAGAGGACAUCACUAGAGAGACAGGCUGAUAAGUUGAGACGCCAGCUUCGUAAGGUGGAGUCAUCUAUUAAACGAAAGCGAGAACAAGGCGAUGAAGGAGACGAGAUGCGCGACCCGUCAUCUGAUGAGUCGUCGGAUGACGAGAAGCCAGAGGAGGUCUCCUCCCGGCCCUCGGCUUCCAACUCGGCCCCUACCCCUGCUGCGCAGCCUGGCAAGAGAGCCGAUGUCACUCGUCACUGCAAAUAUUUCUCAACUGGUGGGACCUGUGGUAAGAAGAGCAAGUGCCGCUUCGUCCAUGACCCUGCUGUCCGCGACGCCGCGAUUAAGGAGCGCGAAGCCAACAACGGGCGCCUGACAAUCCAGCAACGCUUGAUCCUAAACGACAAGGAACAGGAAGACCUGACCAUCCUUGCAUCCAUCCAGUACCUCCGUGUGAAGGGCGUCAUGACAAAGGCCGUCGAGGAGGAAAGUCAAAAGAAGACCGUCGCGCCAGUGCCCGUACCUGGAUCUUCCAAAAGCCUCCUGCCGGCCGCGCCUCCCUCCCUGCCCCCUCCGCCUGUUAAGAGAGAGCCGGUCGGGCGGAGGUUGGCUGUUGAAGCCAUAUGGCAGUUCGAGCACCAAGACAACUCAAAGUGA